AUGGCUGAAUCAACCAGCAGCACACAAGAUACGCCUUCAUUCGGGCCUACCAUCGUCACCGGAGGUUGCGGCUUCACCGGGUCCCACAUGGUAGACGGUGUGACGUACCACUCAUGCGAUAUCUCGGUCUUGGAUGAGGUACAGGCCGUCUUUGACAAAGUUAGGCCGAAGGUCGUGUUCCAUAUGGCCUCUCCGGCCUCGAUCACCUGGCAGCACACGACGUUCCAGAAGGUCAACGUCGGCGGUGCUCACAACUUGGUUCUCGCCGCGAAGCGUGUUGGGACUGUCCACGCAUUUGUCUAUACAUCUUCCUCGACCGUCAUCCACAACGACAAGACGGGUGCCGUGAACCUCGACGAAUCCUAUCCCGUCCUGGGACGCGACGCUCAAACGAUGAUGUACAGCCUGACGAAAGGCGAGGCGGAGAUUGUGAUUCUUGCCGCCAACCGCGGGGCUGGCGAUAAUUCGAUGUUGACGGUCUCGAUCCGUCCACCCUUAAUCUUUGGGGAGCGGGACUUCGGCAUCGCGGGGAGGAUGAUCGAAAAUGCCCGCCAGGGCAGAGCACAUUAUCAAUUUGGGUCAGGCGAGAAUCUUACUGACGUCGUCUACAUAUCAAACCUGAUCGAUGCCCACAUUCUCGCCGCCGAGGCCCUGCUUCGCGCACACGGCAAGGCACCACCGCCACCGGAGGCACGAGUCGAUGGCGAGUCCUUCCUCAUAAUCAAUGAGAGGCCCACACCCUUCUGGUCUUUCCAGCGAGACAUCGUCGCAUCCGCAGGCUAUCCCGUCAAAGAAGAGGACAUUCGGACCAUUCCAUUUUGGCUCGCCUAUCUUAUCGCUGUCAUUAGUGAAUCGCUCACAUGGGCUAUCAGUCUGGGAAAGAGGAAGUCAAUUAUUACACGACAUACGUUCCGUGCCUCUACCAUAACGCGCACAUUCAAUGGCGAGAAAGCGAGGCGAGGUCUAGGCUACAAACCAAAAAUCAGCAUUGAGGAGGGAGUGGCGAGGACUGGCAGAUGGUUUCAGGAGCAUGAAAUGAAGCAGUCCGCGGAGGGCAAAAAAAAAAUGUCUAAUGCUUGA